AAUGAGCAGACGGUCGGACAGACAGAGAUGUAUGGACGUUUUGAAGAAAACAAACAAGAACUUUCUGUUUGGGAUCAAACGGGAUCCUCAAAACGAGUAUUUCCGUUUAAAUCAAUUUUCCGCGGCAUUAUACAACUUUCUUUACACUACGUAUAUCACUCCGUAUGGAAGGUCACCAGUUGUUGAUAUCAUUGGUCAGAUAGAAUAGAUGAAAGUAUCUGCACCAUUUGGUCUGAAAAUAGCUCAGAUCAUGCUGUAGAGGCCUACAGUAUCAGAAAGUUCCCUAUUAUAACAGGACUAAAAGUUCUGUCAGUUACAAAGUAUAAAAUAGAAAAUUGGCUAAACAUUGAUGAAACUUUUGUAGGUUUAACAGAUUUAGAAUAUCUUUAUCUGGAAAGCAAUCAUAUUACUGGUUGGAGCACAUCUGAAUCACAAGAGCCAUUAACAAAUUUAAAAGUGCUAAGUUUAGCAAAUAAUCCAAUUGCAAAUCUAUCAUCAAAUUCUUUUUCAUGGUUGGAAGGUUCAAAACUAGAAUAUCUCAAUAUGAAGGGAUGUUCAAACAUUAAGAUUAUAGAUAGCGCUGUUUUUAAUCCUUUGGCAAAUACUAACCAUUUAU